AAGUUUCUCUCUGUUGUUGUUUUACUUGUCAAACGUGUUGAUAACGUCCCGCGAAAAUCUUAAUAAUUUUUAAGAAAAUCCGUUAAAAAAAACAUGGAGGAAGGAUUUAAAGUCCCUUCGUUGGACAUAGUUCGUCCAAUUAAAACCUCUGUUCCGAAGAUCCCCAAAGAGGAGAGCAGCAUUGAAGGCAGCUCUUCUGGCCAGGAGAAGACAGAAUCAUCCCAAACUCUUCCAGUUGCAGAGUGUCCCUACAUCGAGCCCAAAUGGUCAGGAAGACCUGAAUCAUCAUAUAGCUUUGAGGUCCUCAAAACAGGGACAAUCAUCGAAAUUGUCGAGAAUUUGCAGGAGAAACCGUAUUGGGUGUUUGGAAGGCUUCUUCAAUGUGAUAUCCCAAUGGCUCAUCCCACUGUAUCAAGGUUCCACGCUGUUCUUCAGUAUCGCCCAGAACAAGACAAGCCGCAGGAAGAAGACGCAGAAGACGGUCAGAAGAAGAAGAAAGUCGAACCUGGAUGGUACCUCUAUGAUCUGACCAGUACUCACGGUACCUUCGUCAACAAACAGAGAAUCCCUCCGAAGACUUACAUCAGAAUCCGGGUGGGGCAUAUUGUGAAGCUGGGAGCAAGCACCAGGCAGUUUAUUCUCCAGGGACCUACAACAGAUGAGGAGGAGGAGUCUCAACUAUCCAUAACGGAGUUGAAGGAGCUGAAGAAGCAACAGGCAAUUGAGAUGCUAAGGAAGCAGGAGCAGGAACGUCUGGAACAAGAGAAGAGAGAGAAAGCUCGGGAGGAUGAAGGAAUCAGCUGGGGAAUGACAGAUGAUGCUGAAGAGGAAGAAGUUGACCUUUCUGUCAAUCCCUUUGCCUCAACCAACAAUGAACAGCUCUUCCUGGAUGAUCCGAAAAAGACACUCAGGGGCUUCUUUGAGAGGGAAGGACUCAAUUUGGAGUACAAGUGUGAAGAGAUGUCCCAGGGAACUUUUGUCUGCCGUGUCGAAUUGCCCAUUGACGAUGCCCAGGGACGACCAAUUGUCGCUGAAGUGUGCCACAAGGGGAAGAAGAAGGAGUGCGUGGUGCAAUGUGCUUUGGAAGCUUGUCGGCUCCUGGACAGGCACGGAGUUCUUCGACAAGCGAAUCAUGAGCCCCUCCGAAGAAGAGUACCCAAGUCAGAUUCCGACGAUGAUGACGAUUUCCUGGACAGAACUGGUGAUGUGGAGAGGAGGAGGCAGAGAAAAACAGCUUCCGGAGAGAAUUCUGCCCUGAGCUACGAAGAUUUGCUCGAGCAACAAAAGAAGAUUAUUGGGCAGAUGGAGGAGAUUGAGCAGAAGAUCGAAGCUUUUAAGGAAUCUGAGAAGGCAGCAAAAGCCGGAAAUGAUGCUGAUGACCUGGAUGAUUUCAUGACAAAUCUGAGGAGUGAGAAAAUAGACAAGACAGAGAUCCGGAAGCUCAGAGUUGAGCAGCAGCGAUUGAAGGGAGAACUGUCAAAGGUUGAGAAACUUGCCAAAAUUGCUGCUCCGCAUCUGCCCUCGAUAAAAUCUCUCAAGGAGGCUUCAGAUUCCGGAGAGAAGAAGAAGCCUGUCCUUCCACUUUUCGGAAAAAGACCCAAGCUGAAGAAUGACUUUGGCGUGAAGCGAGAGGAACGGAAAGUCCCAGUGGAAACCCAAUCAACAGUGGAAGUCGAGGAGGAGACAGAAGAGAAAGAAAGUCCCGAAGUUCCUCAGACGAAGAAAAUCCAAGGUCCGACAAUUGACCCAGAGAUCCUUAAGAGAAUUUCCAGUCAACCUACGGAGGAGAAAAAGCCAGACGAAGAACCUAAGAGGAAGCUCUCGGAAUCCAAGGACCAGGAAACUGAAGAAGGAGACAAAUCCGAACCAACUUCCAGCAAGAAACGCAAGACCCGAAUUAGGAUUCGCGAGAAAACCCGCGAGAACAUCGACAUGCCCGAUGAAGACCUGGAAAAGGAUGCAGAGAAAUUUUCCGGAUGGCUUCCGCCCGAGAACCAGAAAGGAGAUGGGAUGACUGAGCUGAACAAGAAGCUCGGCUACUGAACUUUUAUUUCAGACAAAAUAAAACAUUCUAAAAUUGCA